AUGGCUGAGGAGACCUCCCACAAAAAUAGCAACCCCAGUAUGGCGCAGCCAGACAAUACACAUGACCAAGAAGGAAACUGCAAAAUGGUGAAGGGAGAAGAAUCAAAUGUAGGUAAAGAAGCGCGCUUGUCCUUUGAGAGCAAACCGGGGUGUGGUGCCAAAAACAAGCAACACACUGCGCUUGAGAAGAAUAAAAAAAAAACGAACUUAAAAAGAAUUAAUGAAGACGCAAAUGAAGUUAAGAACGAUUUGGGGAAAGUCUGCAAGGGAGAAAUGAAAGGAAUGGUUGGCGCGGAGCUGUCGGAAAGGGAUCCACCCAGAGGGAAGGGGGAUGGAGAGGGGCAAUGCGAGAGGAAAGGAGAGAAGAAAGGAGAGAUGAAGGGAGAGAUGAAGGGAGAGAUGAAGGGAGAGAUGAAGGGAGAGAUGAAGGGAGAGAUGAAAGGAGAGAUGAAGGGAGAGAGACAUGAUGAGCGGCCAAGCGAGAAGAAAAGCAAAAGACAAAGAGAGAGGCUAACCGAUCAGCUUGCCGCUACGCAGGGCCCCCCAAAUGGAACCAACUCCGAACAUCACCAAGCGAACCUCUCGAAUGAAACACCCCCCAAUUGCAGCAGCGCUAGUAAUGUAGACCAAACGACCAGCAGAACUUACAUCAGGAGAGAACCGUCGAAAAUGGCCAUUUCUUCAAAUGAGCAAACCGCACGAGAAGAACAAAACGACGCGAAAGAUCAGGUGAGUUGCCACGAUGAUGAGAGGAAAGAAAAUAACAUCCCUUCAAAUAAAAAACUUUUAAAAUGUACAGAUAGAGAACAUAAUGACGUUGUAGAAAGUAACCAAAAUGGGCAUCACAUCGAAAGAUACACGAGCUGUUCCGCGAGCAACAUCGAUAGGAAGAAAACAGGAAAUGUAGACAGUGGGGAAAAUAACCCUGCGUAUGUUAAAAGGUCCUAUUUCGAGCCAAAUUUCUUCAACCAGAGGAUUGUCAAGAAUAGCAAUGUCCCCAGUUUUGGCAAGUACUCUCCGUAUGAAAAGAACUGUGCGGAUCAGAUCGACGGGAGGAACGUGUACCCCUCGAGUGGAGGAACGAACAGUGCCGUCAGUGGUGCCAACAGCAGUGCGAACAACGGCAGCGGUUGUGGCAGCUACGCCUAUGUGAGCAUAGCUCCCCCCCCAAAUGGGUUAAGCAGCCAGCAUCAGCAUCAGCAUCAGCAGCAACAGCAGCAUCCAACGCAUCCAACGCAUCCAACGCAUCCAACGCAGCAGGCCGAAUACCAGGAGCAGCCGGGCGCCAACUCGAAGAAAGCACAGACGCACAUUUCGUUUAUUUCGCCAAGUGGGCGAUCCAAAAACGACCUGCGCAUGAACGCCGCAAGUGUGCAACACCAUCAUGUAGUGCCCCCUUAUGUGCACCCCCUGGGAAACAAAGAACAAGGCAUGAGAAUUGGAGCCCUUCCAAAGGACCGCUACUACCCCAAAGGGAAAGAAAAAAUACACGACCAGUAUUACAGAAUAAAGCUGUGCCCAUUUUUAAAAAAAGGGCUGUGCCAGAAAGGAGACAACUGCUCAUAUGCACACUCAGCUGAUACUUUGCGAAGUUGCAUGAAUUUGAUGAAGACGAAAAUUUGCCAGCUGUGGUUAAAAAAUGAGUGCAGGAACCCAAAUUGUGUUUACGCUCAUGGAGAGGGAGAAUUGAGGGCAACACCGGAUUACUUUAAAACGAAGCUUUGCAAAUAUUUUGACAAGGAAGGUACAUGUCCCUCUGGAGACAAAUGUAGACAUGCACAUGGGCAGGCAGAACUGAGACAAAGAAACUACAGAAAAACCGAACUUGAAAAAUUCUCUCCAAAAGGUAAGGCCAGCCAGAAAUUCUCUUUCCAUGAUUUGAAGAAUAAGGGAGAAUGUCCCGAGUACAUUUUGAACAUGCUCAGUGGGAGAAGCAGAAAGGAGAAUGUAGACAGGAGUGACUGGAGCAAUUGGAAUGAGAGCGGCGGCCACAACGGAUUCGGCAGCGGAUUCGGUAGCGGAUUUAGUAGCGGAUUUAGCAACGCGUUCGGCAACGCGCUCAGCAGCGGAUUUGGCAACGCAUUCGCCAACACAUUCAGCAGCGGAAGUAGGUACCAUAGGGACACCCGUGCGGCCGCCCCCACUGAAGAGAACUCAAACGCGCAAACGACCUCUGCAGAUAAGAGAGCUGCCCUUCCAGACCAAAUGUGCAAACCAGAAAAAAGAGAAAGUACGAAUGAACUUGCCCAGGUCUACCAUACCAGUGCUGCUCAGAGUUGCACAAACCAGGAGAAGGAAACUCAUGCUGUGCUCACCGUUUGCGAGAGGAAGGAGCAGUCAGAUGGGGCAAAGAACAGCCAUGGUAGCGGUGCGAAUUAUCCCGAUGAGAGGGAAGAUCCAAGGGAGGAACAAAAUUUCAAGGCAGAAGCGAGAGAAGAGGCGGACAAGGAGAACGCACCCCGUGAGGACACACCAAAUGUACAUCACGCAGUUUCGGGCACGGGCAGUAGUAUCAGUGUGGAGCUCGAAGGAAAUGGGGAAAAGAUACAGAGGGACGACGUGGUGGAAGGUGGCAUUGGAAGCGACACGGGAAACGGCGCAAGAAACUGCUCAAGAAACUGCUCAGGCGAGGAGAGCAAACCAGAACAAAGAGCGGAAAGCCAAAAUAGCUCGCCGGGUGAUGAGCCCCUUUCCGAGAAGAAUCAAAAUUUGGCUCACAGGAGAGAAUCCUUAGAGAUGCAGAAUGAAGAAAUCGAGUUGAACCCAAAUGAGGAACAACACCCUGUUGGAAAGGCAUCCCAUAGUGGUGAUACGAAUGAUGGUGAUUACAAAAUGUUGAGGGAAGCUACAAGUGGAGGGGAAAAGAAUGAGGGAACUUCCGCUGAGGUUCUGGAUCACAGCAGCGAGGACAUGUCCAGUGGGAGAAGUAGCAGCGAGGGGGGAGGCGAGACGAGUGGGAAGAGCAAUCCAAAUAAGUCCCAUGAGGGGUGUAACCAGGACUGCCAGGGAGAGAGUCGCGGGCAAGCAGAGGAAGAAAAUAAUGGCCAACUGGGGGAAGAAAGCCAAGGGACUGCCCCCCGAGAAGUGGAAGUAAAAAAGGAAGACGACAAAAAGUUUGAAAGCUUUGAGGUGGGGAAUGCCCCGGUAGAAGAAGAUCCGCAAAGAAGGCGAAGUGAGACACGAGGCAGCUUUGAAGGGGAUAAAAAGGAGAGCGGCAGUGUGGACCGUGUCGAUGAGGGUGGCGGUGAUAAUGGCGACGAAAGUGCGAAUGGCAGAGGAGGCAACGAAAAGCAGAGAGACCGCGACCAGGAACAAGAACGCCAAGCGCUAAACGAACACAGGUGCACCAGACCCACAAAUGAAAUAGACAGCUAUUCGAAGGUGACCGACGGAGAAAACAACAUCCAACGACGCUACGCAAAUAAUUGCCCAAGGGGAGGGGACAGAUACACCUCAUUUGGAAUUUUCAAGGAGAGCGGAAAUGACAUCCAGAGGAACCCCAUUUUUAUGCUGAAGAAUCAGUACAGAAGGGAGGGCGACAUAAGGGAGAGCGACAGAAGGGAUGGCCAAAGAACGGAGGGCGACAGAACGAGGAAUGACGAAAAGAAGAAUCCGCUCCUGAGCAAAUUGGCUGGCCACCCCACGGCGAGCACAUCUAGCAACUACGGCCCAAAGAAUUUUAAUUACAAAUAUAAGAAGUUUAAUAUGGCAAGUAGGUACGCAAAGAAUUUGGAGGGUUUGGACCACUCCGGAGGCGCCUCGAACUAUGGGGUCGGCGGGGGCGCGGCCAUUUGCAGUAGCGGGGGGAACGUAACACUUUAUGGAAACUGCGACAUAGGCGAUUUGAAAAACGGCGUGGAGCUAAUCAACAACGAGGACACACAUAACAGCAGCGUGGCCAGCGGAAGUGGCAGCGGCAACGCCCCGGAGGCAAGAGCGAAAAAUGGAGACGCACAGGGAGAACACAACGAGCCGAAAGAACAGACCACGAACGGUAGAGUAAAGACAAGAGGAGAAAACCAAAACUGCAGUGACAUCCCGCAUAGAAGUUUCCCCUGCAAAAGUUCGCACCGCCCAUUUAACAACACCUACAGUACACCUGACCAGAAUCCAUCAAAUCGAAAUUUUGAAAGCGCAGCCAGAUGUUCCCACACAAACUACAACCACACGAAUAAUUCUCUCCACAUGCAGAACGUCCUACCUAGACCUAAAGAAACUUACAGCAACGUUUGCAACAGGGGUGCCCAUAGAACAAAGGCAAAAUAUGAGAAGAGCAACGGAAAUACCAGCAACGAUCUGUUGUAUGCCCCACCCGUAUACCCCUUGAAUACGCUGGUGAAUAACUUCAGCUAUUACAACUACAACGUAAGCAAUGUUUUCGCGAACAGAAACAACUGCUAUAGUUAUUUGAAGGUGGAGAUGAACAGCUUGAACAUGGCUAGCCAGACGCCCGUCCUGCCCGCGGAGUUGUCCGCUUCGGCGCUGGGUGGAGGGAAAACCGAGGAGGCAUGCAGAGCAGCAAAUGGGGGGGCAAACCAUGCGGCGAACGGACAACCAUGCAGAGCAGCAGACGGGGAAGCAAACCAAGCGGUAAACACAACUGACGCGCCCACCGCCCGCAACAACCGAGCGCACCACUCCCCGAGCACAGAGGGUGCGAACGGCCAAUCCGUAUUCAGUGCCGUGGUACCAAUAACCCUGCGAUCGACCAAUCGCCCGCAUAACAGAUCGGCCAAAUUGCAUCCAUGCGUGAACCAGCCCAGAAAAAAAAUUUUGAAUAACCAAAGUGGGGGAAGCAACACGGCUAACGUGUACAGCAGUGGAAACCAAUCUGCUAACGUGCACAUCAGUGGAAACCAAUCUGCUAUCAUGCACAGCAGUGGAAACCAAUCUGCUAACGCGCAAGGGAACAACAACAGGCAGGAGAGAAGCUCCACCUCGUCUAAUGCCCCACUGGGUAGUAGCCACCAGGGAAUCUCCAUCACACAGCCAAAUACGAAUGACACCUGCGUGCAGAAUGGAAACAGUGGAUCUUCUUCCGCAUCGAAUAUGGCACACAAUGACAGAUCGGAUCCUCCUGCUGGUUCGUUAAGCGGAAACAACAAUAGCAGGAACGGCGUGAGCGACGACAACGAACUGAGUGGCGAUAACAGUGGGAGCGGGGAAACGGGCGGAAGUGGUCCAGAGGGUGGGAGCAGUCAAAGGGGCGGAAACGACCCGAUGAGCGGUAGCAACCAAAUGGAUCGUAGCAGCCAAAAUGGAGGAAGCAACCAAAUGGAUCGUGGCAGCCAAAAUGGUGGCGGCGGCUCCCACGGGGAAAACCCAAACCUGCAAGAAACGCAAAUUUCCCAAAACGGCGGCAGGGAGAAAAGGAAGAGAAACCCCCACCUGCCCUACAGCUCGCACAGAAAUUAUGAAAGGAGAGCGAACAAUGCUCCCUUCAAGAACUACAGGAAUUACAACAACCAUGUCUACACGAAUCAGUUGUGCACCAACCAGGUGUGUACCAACCAGGUUUACAGUAACCACGUUUAUGCGAACCAUCCGGCUUAUGGCUCCAAUCAGGCGUACUAUAGCAACCAGGUGUACACGUACCAGCACCCGUAUAGCAACUACAUAUAUGGUGGCGGGAACGCCUACAGCAGUAACGGCCUCGCGCACAGCAGUAACGGCCUCGCGCACAGCAGUAACGGCCUCACACACAACAGCAAUAGCCACACGCACAGCAGCAAUAGCCACGCACACAGCAGUAACGGCCACACACACAGCAGCAGUAGCCACCCCUACAACAGCAGCAGCAGCGCGUACGUUAUCUACCCCUAUAGUAGCUACCCCUACAGCAUCAGCUACCAUCACAGCAGCAACUACCCGUACGACUGCCUAUACACCUAUGAUGGUGAAUACGCCUAUGGUGGUGCAUACCCCUAUGAUGGCGCAUACUCCUAUGAGGGUGCAUACCCCCAUGACGCUGUGCAACCGUAUAACAGUGUGAACCCCUAUAACGGCACCCCCCAUUGUGAUAGCGUCCAACCGUAUGGCUCGGCCCCCCAUUAUGGCAGCAACCAUUACUAUGGCGAUGUAGAGCACUUUAGCGGUGGUCAACUGUAUAGCGGCAGCCAGAUGUAUAGCGGUGGUCAAUCGUAUGGAGGCUGCCAACUGUACGGAGGCGGCCAUCUGUAUAGCGACGGCCAGGUGUAUAUCGACGCACAGCAGUAUGGCGACGUCCAACCGUAUGGCGGAGACAACCACUACAGCGGUAACCAAAGCGGUGUGCACAGCCAGAGCCACAUCAAUGGGCAGAGUUGCAUCAAUGGGCAGAGCUACAUCAAUGGGCAGAGCUACCCCCACAGUCAGCACCCCUACAACGCCAGCAUCAAUUAUGGCCCGCCUUGCAACAGCAACGAUACGGAGGAGGGGCAGAAUGGUAACCGCUCACCCCCCAGGGAUAGCCUCUUGGGCAGCGAGGAGUACCAACAUAGGCCUAACGAAGAUGGGAACAAUGCAAAUGACACGUGCUAG